AGGGCUUCCUGGAGGCGGCGCUGCGCCUGCCGGCGCACGAAGGUCCCGCCGCACCGGAGAGCUCCGAGCUCUGCGACCGCCUCGGCUCCUGCGAGCGGUUCCUGCAGCGGCUCGCGGAGCUGCCCAGGGCGGCGCCGGCCGGCUCCGCCGAGAGGACGAGCUCUGUGGUCUACGCGAACUGCGUCGCGACCACCUUCCUCGAGGGCGCGCUGGACCGCCGGGACCAGGUGCUCGGCCAGUUCCCCGGCCUCCUGCCCCCGCUGGAGCCGGAGAGCGACUGGCUGCUGUCGCCGCCAGUGCAGCAGGCCUUGGAGGCGCUCCGGCUCGAGAGCCUCGGGGCCCUGCUGCCCGCGCCGGCGGGGGCCGGGCGGGCGCCGCAGGCGCCGCAGGUCCUGGGGAGCCUGGCGUGCGCCUGCCAGGCCACCCUGAGGGCGGCCCGCGCCGUGCCGGGCGCGCAGAGCCCGCGCGCCUCCGUGCUGCAGCACCUGACCCGGGCGGAGCUCCUGGCGUGGGCGACGGCUGGCCCGGGGGCGCCCGGCCGCGGCGGGCGGGAGGCGCCGCGGGUUGCGGAGGGCACCCCGCAGGAGCUGGACGCCAUGGUGAUCUUGCUGGCGUGGGAGCCGGAGCUCCUCGUGGAGUACAUGGCGCGCUCCAGCAAACGGGCAGCGCAGAUCCUGUUCUGCAACAUAACGGCUUGGGGCCCGCAGGCCGCGAACUUCUGUCGCAACGCAGGCUACAAGUACCGCCUCAUAGCGAUAGCGGAGACGCACGUCGACGCGAACGGCCUCGCGGAGCAGAUGGGCAAGCUCGCCAUGGGCGGUUGGAAGCUGUCGGCCACACCCGCGGUGGCCACCAACAAAUCGGACAAGGGGGCCCAUGGCGGCGAGUGGAUCCUCACGCGCAGGGACGCGGCGGCGACUACGUUCGAGGGCUACAGGGACUACUAUGUCAAGCGCCACAAAAGGCAGCCGUUCGCGGGGUUCACGCCGACGGUCCCCCACUCCAAGAGCGGCAACAUAGUCGUUGUGGCGGCGUACCUUCGCCCUGGCCUGCGGGGCCAAGGCGCGAACAGGGACAUCCUGGUCUCCAUCUCCACUUUCGUGGACAUGCUCAUGGACCCGUGGAUCACCCUGGCCGACUGGAACUACGAGCCGCACUGGUGGGGCAACAAGCCGUGGCUCACGCGCUGGAACGGCACCACCCUGACUGGCCCGAUCUGCGAGGCGACGUGCGGCAAGGGCUCGGGCUCCGUGUGCGACUACGCGAUCGUACGGGCGGACAUCGCCACGCACGUCGGGAUCGAGGCCAUCUACGACGUCCCCUGGAAGACCCACUGCGGCAUCCAGAUCACGGUGGGCACCGCCGAGCCGCGGCAGUACAAAGCUAUAAAGGAGAACUGGGACGAAGCCGCCGACACGGUCGGCAACUUCCCGAAGGACAGGGCCAGGUACCAGGGCAGGGCAGAGGGGUACAGGACCACCAAGCAGACGAUGAAGGCGUCGCCUGGCAGAGCGUACCUCAAGGACCCCGAGGCCACCUGGUGGCAGCACCUCAGCAUCCUUGUCGUGAGGUACGCCGCGCUGGUCACCAACGGCAAGGACCCCGAAGCCCGCCAGCGCAUCCACAAGACAGUCAUGAAAGAGUUGGACGACCUAGAGAACCCCGAGUUCUCCAAGGAGCACUUCGGUAGAAAAAACCGACCCGCAGGGAUCGAAGAGUGGAAGGCCCAGCUCGCCGCCCUCGAGUACUGCGACGAGGAUGACCUGCACCACAUCAGCGCCACCACCAUGGAGUGGACCCACAAGGCCAUGGCGAGAGCUGCAGGCAGAGCGCGAAAACGAUACCUCGACUGGGCGAAGCAGGCGUGGAAGGAUUCACCAGGCAAGCUGCGCCGCAUGGUCACCGACCCCAAGGCGCCGCGCCUGGAGGACAAGCAGCCCCAGAAGACGGUGGGCGACCCAUCCACGGUCAUGAACCACUCCGCCGACACCUGGCGCUCCAUUUGGGCGUCCGACAGCUACAACGCCAAGCAAAUCAUCAGCGCCUACGAGAAGGCCAUGCGACUUGCGAAAGAGGGCCCUCUCUCGCCAAUCGAGCCGCAGCACGUGCAAGCCAUCGUGGGCACCGCCAACCCGAAGAAGGCGAGAGGAGUCGACAACAUCGGCCCCAUCGACAUCCAGAGGCACCUGCGCAUGCACGGCUGGGUCAGCGACAUCAUAGAUGCCGAGAGGUCCAUUGUCGCGGGCAGCUGCAAUGGCGGCAAGCUCGCCAAGGUCUACCUGGGGCCGAUCCUGCAGAGGGCCCACAUUAACCACGCAUACGCGGGCCUGUGGACGUUCGUGGACGACACGGUCGCGAGAACAGAGGGCCAAACCAAGCAGGUCAUCAAGGAUCUGAUCGGGGUUGGCGCCGACCUGUGCGCAGGUAUGAUGGGCGCGGGGCUCCGAGUCUCCCCCGAGACCACCGUCGUCGCCUCCAGCCAGACGAUCGCCUACGCAGUGCACGACGGCCUCAAGCAGAAGGGCUACUAUGUCAAGGUGGCCAACAGCGCGGUCGACCUCGGCAUCGACGUGGGCGGCGCCAAGAGACGGGUCGUGGCCAAGGCAACCAAGAGGGCCAGGACUGCGAGGAGGCGCACUCACCGCAUCGUCGCCAAGGUCAGGAAGCACGCCUCCCUCGCCAAGAUCGCGAAGGGCUUGUGGAACACGGGCUCCAGGCCGCAGGGGACCUACGGCCACCAGAUCAUGGGCCUCGCCCCAGCGGCCAUCCUCGACCAGAGGCGCCAGUCGAUCGCCGAGUGGCUCAACUUCUGGAUGCAGUACCCAGAACACCACAUGCGGGCCACGCACGCGUGGAAGCUGAUCUACGACAAGUCGAUCACGCGCGGCAACAAGAAGUGGCUGGACCUGCCCGACGCCAACGGAGUGGUCACGACCACCGUGGGUGUAGGCGAGACCUACACCCAGGAGCGGCAGCUACCUCACAGUGGACAAGCCGACUGGGAGGACAAGCGCUACGACGUGGACCCUGCGGAGUUCGUCCACGAGUUCUGCCUGUCCCUCGAGAGGAGGGCGCGCCGAGCCCUAGCUGACACGCUUGCAGUCGACCCGUGGGUCGCGGAGCGACCCUCGCAGGCCAAAGGCCCGCGCCUCACCAAGCUGCAGUUAGCCAUGCAAUCGAGCCAGCGCGCCUUUGAGCUCAGAGCGGGCAAGUACCUCUGCUCUCGGUGCGGGCUCGCCACUGACAAGUGUGAAGUACGCCAGGCCUGUGCCACGCCGUGCACCCACCAGCCGCCCCUGCCGCCUGCCAGUGACCAGAUAGUGCCAGCACAGGGCACCAUCGCCAUUUCUGGGCGCGAGCUGCACGCCAGCCAUAAGCUUCAUUUCAUGCAGAAGUACCGCCUGUACUUCUGCCGCGGUGCCCUCCCGUCCGCGGCCCCAGAGGUCUCGGCCCUGCCCGUGGGCAGCUCUCCGCCCGGGCUCGCGCCGUGGGACCUCACCACCCUUGGCCUUCACUAUCAGACCGCGGCGAUCGCCGCUCAGUGCCCGAGUCUGCCCGCGAUCCCUGCCUGCCCUGAGCUGGUGUGCUCGUCGGGGCCUCCGCUUCCGGCCUGCCCGGCCGCGCACUGCGAGUGCACGUGCCCGAAGCCGGAGGCGGGCAGCUGGCUGCUGCUGUUGGGCGCGGGCGUGGCCACGGGCUGCGCGCUGGCCGGGCUGGUGCUCGGCGCGGCCGUCGGGCUCUACGUCGGCCGGCUCGCGGCUCGUGGGGCUGGUGUCCCUGCGUGUCCUCCCGAAGCUCUGCGGGACGCUCCGGUGGCGGAGCCCGCUGUGGGGCCAGAGGCUGCGAGGGCGCUGGUGGCGACGCCAGCGUCGAGAAGAGAUGGCGGCCAGGCCUCGCUCGCUUGA